GAAUACCCCGUUGGAUUCAGUAGAUCAGGAUGAAUACCCCGUGGAUUCAGUAGAUCCAGGGAUGAAUACCCGUUGGAUCAGUAGAUCCAGGGAUGAUACCCCGUUGGAUUCAGUAGAUCCAGGGAUGAAUACCCCCGUUGGAUUCAGUAGAUCCAGGGAUGAAUACCCCGUUGGAUCAGUAGAUCCAGGGCAUGAAUACCCCGUUGGAUUCAGUUCAACACGAGAAUACCACAGAUAAGAAUAGUUGAAUCAGAGAAUCAGAGAAUACCACCAAAUUGGAUAUAGUGAAACCAAGGAUGAAUACCACUUUGGAUUCAGUAGAACCAGAGAGGAAUACCCCAUUGGAUACAGUUCAACCAGAGAAUACCACGAUGGAAAUAAUUGAAUCAGAAAUGAGUACAUUGGAUAUAGUAGAACCAGAGGUGAAUACCACAUUGGAUGUAGUAAAACCAGUGAUGAAUACCACUUUGGAUACAAUAGAACCAGAUAUGAAUACCCCAUUGGAUACAGCAGAGCCAGAAAAGAAUACCACAAUGGAUAUAGUAGAAUCAGAUUUGAAUUCCGCAUUGGAUAUAGUAGAAACAGAGAUGAAUACUACAAUGGAUAUAGUAAAACCAGAUAAGCAUACCACUAUGGAUGUGGAACCAGAUAAGAAUAUCACAAUGGAUAUAGUAGAAUCAGAGAUGAAUACCACAACAGAUAUAGUAGUAGAACCAAUGAUAAAUACUAUAAUGGAUACAGAAGAGUCAGAGAUUAAUGCUAUGAUUGUAGUAUCUGAAAACAGGGAACUUAAUUCUACUUUCUCUUUUACAGAAACUGUUCUGGAUUCCACUUUUGCAGGACCUACUGUGCCGGACAAAAUAGAGAAACCAUGUCCAGAUACCUCUCAACACCUGACUUCGCAAAAUUGUGAAAUGAACCUAACUAGUCAGGCUGAUGUAGCUUCAACUUUUCCUCCAGUAUGUCAAGAAGUAGUAGAAGUACAAAAUGUUGAGAAGACUUCUUCCACAGAAUCUACUGUAGAAAGAGUUAUGGAAGACCCAAAUAUUAGAUCAGAUGAUUUUGUCCAUCAAAGAAAAGAAUUUUCAGAGGUGCCCAGUGUAACAAAGAUUGAUCUCAACUUGACAUUUGAUACUUACAGUGAACAAGCAUUAAAUAUUUCAGAAACUGGAGCAGAGCAAACUGCUACUUUUAAAGAAUUGUCUGAUUCGAAGGGAGCUGUUGAAGUUCAGAAUAUUUCAUCUGAAGUUUUUGUUCGUGAAAAUUGUGAUGUACCAAGGGAAAAGAGUUUAUUGAAGACAGACCUGAACUCCACUUUUGUUACCGCCAGUGAACUGCCAUUUGAAGUGUUAGACUCUGAAACCACUCAAGGCACCACUUCCAUUACAGGGAAAAAUAUAGAAAAUCAGAUGAUCUCAUCAACAGUCUUGGUAUCUGAAGGCGAUGUACUGACAAAGGAUGCUGCUGGAAUGAGGACUGAUUUGAACUCAACUUUUCUUCACGAGUCACUAACGAAGGUAGCAUCACCAAAUGAUCACAGAAUAGAAAUUUCCCAAUCUGGUGAGUUGUUGCCAAAAGGAAUGACUGAUAAUUUAAAUGUGAAUAAUGGUUCUUUUAAGGAUACUGUUGUGCACAAAAAACAAAUAAUUCAUGACAAGUCAUUUGUAAACGAUCAGUGUGAAGAAAGUAUUUUGACAGAGAGGGAUAUUUUGAAUGCUGGUGUAUUGCAAGAUUCACAGAAGGUAGUUAUUAAGACAACAAAUCAAACAUCGGCAAUUGAAAAAAUGAAGUUAAAUUUAGCCAAUAAUCUUGAAAACACGCAAGAGAUUUCCAAGAUUCCUGAUUCAGAUGAGAAAGAUAAUGUUAGCACAAAUCUGAGUGAAUUGAAGUCUGAAUGCAUAUCAUCAUCAAAUGAUGUGCAUUCUUUUACCCCCUCUGGUAUUGUAGAUGGGUCUAAACAAUCUUCUGAUAUUCUUUCACAUGCAAUUUUCAGUCAGAACCCUGCAACCAAAACAUCGAAUCCGUAUGCAGACGUUCAGAGUGAGUCCGGCCGUUUCAAGAAGAGUAAUGGAAUUGAGAAUAUUCAUGAACAGAAACGUGGAUCAAUUGAAUUUGAUGCAAAUCUCAAUAAUUUCAGUAUUACUAACUUGGACAGAACAAAUGGUGAUUUGAACAGAAUUGAAAAAUUAUCCAGUGUAAGUGCUUCUGAGGAAAUAAAUAUUCCUUAUGUUAAAAAAGAAUCAAAAACUUCAGAGAGUGAAUUCAUGUGCAUUCAGAUGACACCUAAAAAUGUAGGAACAACCACUUUAGAUGAUCAAAUAAAAGAAUUAAUGGCCAAGAGUGCAUCAUUGGAGAAUGUUAGUGAAAAGAGAGAAAAUACUAGUUGUGUGAAGAAUCCUCAGGAAAACAGACAUCAGAAUGUAAAAUCAAAUGACAUUAAUUCAGAAAUCCAAAGGAAUCUCGAUGGCAUAUGUCCUGCUGUUGAGGUUAUUCCUUCUCAAAAACCUAACUCAGAAGAGCCGUCAACAGCUACAAUAGAUUUUCUGGAUCCUUCUGCAAAUGAGUUCUUUAGCAACGGGGGAAAUGAGAUGUUUCAAGAUUCAAACUUUGUGUUUGGUGAUGAAGUUUUCAAGGAUCCCAGCACAUUUGACUUUCUCACACAAUUUGGAAAUACAACAUCUCUCCGUGAUCUUCGUAAAGAGUCUUUGUACAUAAAAUUUGACCCUCUUGUUGGUUCACCUCGUUCAGUUACAGCUUCUGAUAAACCUUUACCAAUAAUGAAUAUUGUUAGAGAAGAAGAAAGGAGUGAAAAUGAAAAUAUAAAUAAUAAUGCUGAUGCAAAUGUGGAAAAAGGUGAAAUGUUGAAUGGGACGUGUAAUAGGAACUCGGCAGGCUCAGUGGAGAGUUUCCUCAGAUCAAAAUCUCCGUUAUGGGCUGCCAAGGAGUUGCAAGAUGAUUCAACCCUUCGUAAACUUAAAGAAUACCAAGAAGAAUGCAGUUCUUUGAAAGCACAGUUAGCUGAGUUACAAGAAACAAUAAAAACAAAUGACAAAGUGCAUAAGAAUGAAAUUUCUAAAUACACGUCUCAAAUAGUGGCUCUAGAUUUUGAUUUGGCAAGGCAAGAAUAUGAGAAACUACUCUCCCAACUUGUAACUGAAAAAGAACAAAAUUGUAUAGAAUUUAAUCAAAAAGAAUUGAAAUUAACAAAGGAGCUAAAAGAAUGUCAAGAGAAUUUGGCUGAGACGGAACAAGAACUUUCAGCUGCUCAACAGAAAUGUGAAAAUUUACAAAAUUCUAUGAAAAAACAUGUUGAUACUCUUCUUGUAAAAAUGAAGAGUUAUGAAAAAGCUGUGGAGAAAGAAAAACAAAAAUAUGCAACAUUAAAGGAGCAUGCUGCAGAACAGCUUGAAAGAGCAAAUGAGAAGCUGAUGGCUGAAGAGGAGCGGCAUAAAUUGGAAUGUACGAAAUACAGCAGUUCUAUCGCUAAUUUAGAACUUCAAGUGACAAAUUUGCAAAACCGAUUGGAUCAGAAGACUAAAGAAAAUGAAACACUCAUGGCAAUGUGUAAUGAGCUUGUGGAGCGAUUUGAACAUUAGGUUUAUAUACAUAUAUAUUCUAAUUUUAAUGCUUGUAGAAAGUAAACUUGUAAUUGAUUUUUAACUUAUAGUGGGAAAACUGUUUCAGCCAAAAAGUCUUGAAAAUUUUGCAGACUAGCAUUUGUUUUAAUUUCAGAUAAAAUUUUAAAAAAUUAUGGUCUUGCACUUAAGUAUUUCUUUAUUGUUUCAUUUCACUUAACAGAAGAAACUAAUAAUCUUGAAGUUUACUUCUUUCAAACCGUGAUUCAAAAAGUAAAUUAUUUAAUAUAAAACAUGCCCAAAAAAUUUCACUAAAAACACUGUUCUCAUGACUUACAAGUUGUACACCAGAAACAGAUACCAAACCCAAAUGCCUAGGUUUCAGAUUAUUCCAGUCACUAGUUGUUAGUAAGAAUUCUCUUCAAUAUCAGUGAAAAAGAUAAUUUUUCAGAUGCUUUGCAUUUGCAAAGAAAGGGAAAGGCCAAGACUUAAUAUUUGUAAAAGUUUUAUAUUGUACAUAUUAUUUUUCCCCUAAAUGUAUAAAACAAUUUUAGAAGGGUUUUAUUUUUUUUUUUAUUUUUUUUUUUUUAGAAUUUUAGAAUUUUCAUAUUUUAACAAUAAAAUUAAUUGUCAUGAACUUGGAAACCAAAGGUCUGGCAAAUGUAAAGUCUUACUUAUAACUAUAUAAAAGUGGUGAUUGGUUUUUCAAACACUUGUACACCUGGGAUAUCUUAUUUCAUAUUUAUUGGUGUAUUAGCAUAGUAUGAACAAAUGUUAGUGAUAUAGAUGAAUUAUUGCUUUAAAUAGAAGUAAUACAAAGUAUUAUUUUUGUAUGAAAAACUAAGAGUUUUAGAGCUGUAUAUAUAAUUUUAUGUUAAGAUUUGUACCUUUUUGUAAGUGAACUUUUUCUUGAACAUGUAUAUAUUUUAUACUGAUAAAUGUUUUUUUAGAAAAAAAUUUAUGAAAACUAUAUUAUCAUAAAAUCAAUGAACUUUUCUUUCAUGUAAUUGUAAUUAGUGCUUUGCAUUGUCGUUAACCAGUCACUUUAACAGUGCCAAAUUAAAUAAUAAUACGUUGAAUUGUGCACUAUCUACGUUUUAGUUAAGGAGUUUCCCAUAAAUUCCGUAACGCUAAAGGGGGAGGGAUUGA